AUGGAACCGCUGCCGACGACGCUCGCGGAGGUAGAGGCGCGGCAGGCCGCCGUCGACGCCGACCUGAUCGCCGCGCGCGAGCGGCUGCGGCUCGCGCGAGCGGAGCUAAGGGAAAUGAAGAUGAUCGCGGCGGCGCUGCGGCCGCGGGCGGCGCCUUUGGCCGCGGCGGCGGCGCCGGCCCCGCCCGUCGCGCUGCCCGACGCGCCGCUGCCCGUCGCGGCCACGGCGCCGCCGCCGCCGACCGCGCUGCCCGACGCUCUGCCGCUGCCGCCGCCGCCGGUCGAAGCCGCGGCGCCGCCAUCGCCACCGCCGGAUGAUGACGCCUCCGACGCGUGCGCCUCGCCGCCCGCGGCGCACCGGUGGCGGCGCUACUACGAUUCCGAGACCCGGGCGCACUACUGGUACGACGCCCGCACGCAAGUCGUGUCCUGGUCCGACCCGGAGCGGCCGCCGCGCGACCCGGCCCACGCGCGGCGGCCGACGGCCGCGUCGCUCGCGCGCUCAUUGCCUGGAAGCCCACAGCGCCUCCGCUUCCACUGCUGCGCCGUCGAAUCGGCCGACUCCGAGCCGGAGGAGGAGCCGAAACCCGUGCGGCGCCGGCGGCCCGCGCCGGGCUACCUCAAGGCGCGGCGCACGCCGCGGCGCGGCGCGUACGAGAAGGGCCAGUUCUCAACGUUGAGACGGUAA